AUGGCAUACACGGCUCUAGCUCAGGCUGUGGCAGACCCUUACACUUGCACACAUAAACUAUUACAUCCAGAGCUGUCCCAAGACGGGCUGACACUUCCAGAGUCGCCCCAAGACGGGACGACACUUCCAGAGUCGCCCCAAGACGGGACGACACUUCCAGAGUCGCCCCAAGACGGGACGACACUUCCAGAGUCGCCCCAAGACGGGCUGACACUUCCAGAGUCGCCCCAAGACGGGACGACACUUCCAGAGUCGCCCCAAGACGGGACGACACUUCCAGAGUCGCCCCAAGACGGGACGACACUUCCAGAGUCGCCCCAAGACGGGACGACACUUCCAGAGUCGCCCCAAGACGGGCUGACACUUCCAGAGUCGCCCCAAGACGGGACGACACUUCCAGAGUCGCUCCAAGACGGGACGACACUUCCAGAGUCGCUCCAAGACGGGCUGACACUUCCAGAGUCGCCCCAAGACGGGCUGACACUUCCAGAGUCGCCCCAAGACGGGACGACACUUCCAGAGUCGCCCCAAGACGGGACGACACUUCCAGAGUCGCCCCAAGACGGGACGACACUUCCAGAGUCGCCCCAAGACGGGACGACACUUCCAGAGUCGCCCCAAGACGGGCUGACACUUCCAGAGUCGCCCCAAGACGGGACGACACUUCCAGAGUCGCUCCAAGACGGGACGACACUUCCAGAGUCGCUCCAAGACGGGCUGACACUUCCAGAGUCGCCCCAAGACGGGCUGACACUUCCAGAGUCGCUCCAAGACGGGCUGACACUUCCAGAGUCGCCCCAAGACGGGACGACACUUCCAGAGUGGCCACAAGAUGGACUGAUUCUUCGGAUGACACG